CGUGGCGGUGAGGAGUCGAGCCGGCGGCAACGGUGGUGCUGCUGAGAGCCGGCUCUUUGCGUCCUCAGACAACUUUUUCGUCGGAGGAGGUGUUGGCUUUGGCAGGGAAGGACGGCCGCUAGGAUGUAUUCAUGAUCAGGCUGUCAUCACAAAAGCCAAAGUGGAUUUCUCUGGUGUCCUGUGCCUGCCCCCUUCCGUCGUUGCUGGAAAUGGGCUGGACGGAGGAGGGGUUGGCGAGAAUGAAGAUGAAACGCUCUCGGUCUCUCUUUCGGCUGCACCAAGCCCCCAAAGUGAAGCUGUUGCCAAUGAACUGCAGGAGCUCUCCUUGCAGCCCGAGCUGACUGCAGGCCUCCAUCCUGGCCGGAACCCCAAUCUUCCUCCUCUAAGUGAGAGGAAAAAUGUGCUACAGUUGAAGCUCCAGCAGCGACGAACACGUGAAGAGCUGGUUAGUCAAGGGAUCAUGCCUCCUCUGAAAAGUCCAGCUGCUUUUCAUGAACAGAGAAGGAGUUUGGAACGGGCCAGGACAGAGGAUUAUUUGAAACGGAAGAUCCGGUCUCGACCAGAGAGGUCAGAGUUGGUGAGGAUGCACAUUCUAGAAGAGACCUCUGCUGAACCUUCUCUUCAGGCCAAGCAGUUGAAAUUGAAGCGGGCUAGACUGGCUGAUGAUCUCAAUGAGAAGAUUGCCCAGAGACCGGGCCCCAUGGAAUUGGUAGAGAAAAACAUUCUGCCUGUAGAAUCUAGCUUGAAGGAAGCUCUCAUUGUAGGUCAAGUGAACUAUCCUAAGGUAGCAGAUAAUUCCUCCUUCGAUGAGGACAGCAGUGAUGCCCUGUCUCCAGAACAACCAGCUAGCCAUGAAUCCCAGGGAUCUGUGCCAUCCCCAAUGGAAGCUCAAAUUAGUGAUUCACUUCCUACCCCCACAGUGGCAUCCCCUGCUCAGAUUGUGUGCCAGUUAAAAAUCAGUGCAGACUGUACUGAGACAACUUAUGUGUCUGAACAGCCACCAGCCCUCUUGCCACAGCCACCACCUCCAGUGCCUCUGAAUCUCACUAAUGGAAUUGCUCCUCCUGCUGCCAAACCUCUUCCAACCCUCAUAAAGCAAAGCCAGCCAAAACCUUCAUGUGAGAAGUCCCAGCGUAGCAAAAAAUCCAAGGAGCCGAAACCAAAAGUCAAGAAGCUGAAAUAUCACCAAUAUAUUCCACCGGACCAAAAACAGGAUAAAGGAGCUCCUCCCAUGGAUUCAUCUUAUGCCAAAAUCCUGCAACAACAGCAGCUCUUUUUGCAGCUCCAGAUCCUUAAUCAGCAGCAGCAACAGCACUACAACUAUCAAACCAUCCUACCAGCUCCACCAAAGCCUCUAGGAGAACAGAAUGGCAACAGUACCCCAGCCCUGCGUAGUCUUUCCACUGCUGCCAGCAACGCCUCUUCUCUCUCUCCUGGUUCCAAUGGGCUGCUGCGGCAAAAUAGCAGUUCUCCAGUAGGCAAACCUGGGGCUCUCCCUACUAAUCUUGAUGACAUGAAGGUGGCAGAGCUAAAGCAAGAGUUGAAGUUAAGGGCAUUGCCUGUUUCUGGUACCAAGACAGAUCUAAUUGAGCGGCUCAAGGCUUAUCAAGAGCAGAAUGGUACAACCAGCCGAGUAAUCGCUGCUCCAAAGCCUAACACAGCAAUUCUCCCGAAAACUACUGAAGUGGUGGUAGCUUUCCCAGCUGCUCGGCUGAGCACAGGGCCUGCGCUUGUCAGUACAGGCCUUACUUCAGCAGAGGUUGUUGUAGCCACUGUCACUGGCAAUGGUGUCAUGAAGUUUGGGAGCACAGGCUCAACUCCUCCUGUGUCACCCACCCCCUCUGAACGCUCUCUGAUAAGUGCUGGAGAUGAGAAUUCAACCAGUGGAGAUACCUUUGGGGAGAUGGUGUCUUCUCCCCUGACUCAGCUUACUCUGCAAGCAUCACCAGUCCAAUUUUUGGUAAAAGAGGAGAGUUCCAAAGGUAAUACUUGUAGUACCACAAAUGCAGGGUCAAGGGCAGAGUCCAGCAUAAUCAGUAGCAACAACAACAGAGACAUGGAGGUCCAGGAUAAAGACCAGAUGCUGCAGGAGAAAGAUAAGCAAAUUGAGGAACUCACCCGGAUGUUAAAACAGAAGCAGCAGCUGGUAGAGAUGCUGAAGCUGCAGCUGGAGAAAGAAAAGAGAUCUCAGCAACCACUGUCAGCUAUGGUUGUUGGAGAAGAAAACAGAGCUACCAUCUGUGAGCCAUCUAUUUUUGGUACCCCUGUCAAGAAUGAAAAGGGCUUUGCCAGUUGCCAAUCUGUGGAGCAGCACAACUGCCAAAUUGACCAAUUAAGACCCAAACAGACCACCAGCCAAAUGGACACGUCAGAUACAAAUUUAGUGCCAAAGAAAGCAGUGAUGGUGAAGCAGGAGGUGCUAGCUGCUGAAACUGAACCACCAUGUCAGACCUCAUGUUUCUUCCUUGGACAGCAAGGUGGAGGCUUCAGUGAUUUCAUCAAGGGAGCUUCCCCUCCUACCCUCAUCACAGAUUCCACAGGCACUCACAUAGUCCUCACUGUGACCAAUCAGAAUGCUGAAAGGCAGGGUCUCUCACCUCAGGAGAAAGGGGGAAGCAACUCAUUGCCAUUGAAAAAAAUGUCAUCUCCACCUACAAAAGCACCCAACAAGCCACCUGUAAACAACUCUCCAUCUUCUCCUGAAGCACCACCAAAGGAGUCCACCCAGAAGUGUCAGAAGUCAAGUCUGCAAAUGGUCACUGGACAGUUGCCACAAACAAUCUUGUCUUUUUCUGCACCUCCCAACUUGCAGCCUUUCUUCCUGAAUGGCUUCCACAAAACACCGCUGAAUGCCAGAGUUCUUGACAAAACUGGCCAGUCCAGUGAAACAAAAAAGCUUCUCUCACCACCAAGCUCUCCAGCAUCUCCUUCUCAACCCCAUAUGGACCUUGAGCAGCAGAAGCAGAGCCCAUCCUUCUUUGCUCCUUUGCCACCGCUGCCUCUCCCUGCCACUUCAGUGGUGAUGAAAGAACCACCAGGCUAUGCUGAGGCUGUGAAACAGCAACCAAAGUCCUCUGAGGAGAGUGGCUGCUCAAGUCAGCAAAUGGAUGAUUUGUUUGAUAUUUUAAUAGAACAUGGAGAGAUUUCAGCUCAAUUCAAAGAGCAGACUUCUCCAGCAAGGAAAGACCCCACUGUUUCCCCAGGAUGCCCUUCUCCAUCCAGCAGUCAUCAUUCCUCAGAGCUCCCUCUGCAGGCCCCUGUGAGCCACACAAGCUCUGUUAAUCCACCAGGCAGAUUGGAAGACUUCCUAGAGAGUACUACUGGCCUCUCUUUGUUGACAGCAGUCCCUGAUGGAACUGAGCCCCUAAUUGAUCUCUACAGUGAGAUGCUAAGCAGUUCAGCUAUCCUGGACCAUCCCUCAUCACCUAUGGACACAUCAGAAUUGCACUUUGCCCCUGAGCCUGCUGGGGGAUCAGGUUUGGACUUGGCAGAACCCAACUUGGACAGCAUGGAUUGGUUGGAGCUGUCAGGAGGGCCAGUGAUGAGCCUUACACCCCUCAGUACUGCAACCCCUAGCCUCUUCUCUACCGAUUUCCUUGAUGGACAUGAUUUGCAGCUGCACUGGGAUUCUUGCUUAUAACUUUUUGACCAAGCAGACUGAAGGGAGUACAGGUGGGUGUAGGAGAUGAGCAAGAACUUAAGUAAAAAUUGCAUCUAAUGAACCUUCCUCCCCCCCCCACCCCCAUUUUGACCAGUUUUUGUAAAGCUAGAGCCAAGGGCAAAGCACCCAUGAUGUCUUCUGAAUGAAAAUUCAAUCUCAGGAAAGCUUCCACCUUUUCCAGUGGUUAGUUGAAAUGUGACCCUUUCCUCAAAUGUUUAGUAAUUGCAUCAGAGUUGUAUCAGUAACUGCAAGUAUUUCAACAUAAGCAACUUCGCAGAAGGUGGGAACAGUUCUAGGCAAAGAAUCCAGAAAAAUUCAUUGGCAAACAGUCCUCCCUGCUGGAGCUGAGUCUACCUAGUUAGAAAGCAUUAAAAAAAAUGGAAAAGGUUAAUUUGUCCAUAUUGUAAAGAUUUUCACUUAGAAUAUGACUCAUCUGGGAAAGGAAGUGGGGGAUUAGGAUGAAUUCAUACUGGAAGAGUUUACUUACUAUCAAUUCUGAGGGUUAUAAUCUAGUUUAAAAAACUUUUUCUUGCUAAUGCUGUAGUAUAUGAGCUUACUGCCUAGUAAGAAAGCUAAAUCCAAGUUAUAUACCAUUGCUUAGAGAACAGCUCUUGCUGUUUAGCAUUGUUCUGGAUUGCCCCAAAUGUAAAAUGAACAGAGGGCCAAUUACCCUGGCUCUGGUAUCUUACCAGCUAGAAUUUGCCACGAAUCAAAGCAUUUGUAUGAGGGUUGAUAUUUGUAUCUUCCUGCAGUUCCUUUACAAAUUCUUCUGAUGGUUCUGGCUAUGGAACAUAAUUGCCCAGAGCUUGCUGUUGUGAAGAACUGGAGUUCUGAACUGACUGGUUGGCAACCUAACAUCUGCAGUAUUUGAGCUGCACUGCCCUGCUCUUCCUAGAGAAUAUACUAUUCAGAGUUAGCCCUCCUCCCCAUGAUUUUUGCACACAAAGUGCAGCUUUCUCUGUACUGGCAACUGGGUUCAUAGGGAAGUAGUCUCUGCUGUACAUCACUGGACAUAAGCAGUUGUGGUGGUACCUCUCUUUGCAUAGCUUAGCUGAUGUCAACUCUUCACAAGUUUCAAUCAAUAAGAACCUCAAAGAACAUGCACAUCAACUUCCUUCCAAAAAGGAGAUCAUUUGGUAUGGAGAUGCAUGUGCUAUUACACAGAGGAAACGUAACGUAGCCAUAAUCCCUGCUACUGUCAAAUGUGGAUAUAAGUCCCACUCUUUCCUCUUGAAACUUGGCUUUAUUUUUUAAUCUAGUAAACUUGUACAUAGCUCUGUAAAACUCUUUUAGAAGGCUGAUGAAAUUAAUCCGCUCCUUAGAAGGUGAUGCUUCCCUUUAGCUUCUCCUAUUUGUAAAACUGUUGCAGAAGAACUGUUUUAGGCUGGGUGUUGGGACAGGACCUUGUCCUUGAACUACCAGUUUAACCUUUUUGCACACACCACUCAAAGUAAAUAUUAUUAGUCCAUCUUCCUUUCUAUAGAUAAGAAUGUAUAACUCAUGGGCAUGGGCUUCCUCCCCACCAGGUAAGGGAGACUUCUCUGGUUUUAUAGAAUUCCAAAAACUCCUUACUUCUGAUUUUCAGUUUAUACAGUCUGUAUCAUCCUAAUACCCCUUUAUGAUGAAUACCCUGAUCUUGAAGAAUUAGUUGCGGUUAUGUGACUAGCCAAUGUCCUGGAAUAGCUAACUGCAAGUGAAGCUGAUUUCUGUAAAAUUCUUUCUUCUGCAGGAAUCAGGUUGUUAGAAUUGCUGAAUGUAGUCAUCUUUUAUAUUCUGCGGGACAUGCAACUAAUCAUAUAGAUUAGUGGCUAGUAUGAAAAGAUAGCUAGUUUUUGUAUAGUUUGUAGUAUAAAAUUUGUAUAACAUACAAUUAGGACCACAUCAGUGAGAGGGAGCACUUAGUUCCAUAUGAGCAUCUUGCAUCUUCCCUCAUGCCGAGAACAGUGAACAAGCUUUGUGUGUGCCUUGUUCACUGGCCAAGGCAGAGAAACUAUCAAACAAGAGGACUUUAUCUCAAAAAGUGCUAUGACAACAACUGCCUGUCUCUGAAAGAAGAAACCAAGCACCAUAAUCAAAUACAAAAAUAAGAUGAAAAGCUUUGACAGAACACUACUAAUGAGCUUAAAAGGCUUUGGGGACAUUACUUGUAACAGAAGGGGGAACUGGGAUUUACAUUAGUGUCCAUUUUUCUCCAGUGUAUAAUGUAGUAUCUGUCAUUUGUCCUCUCUAAAUUCUCCUUUUACCCCAUACAGUAAAUAAGAAUCUGCCUCUAGUCUGAACAUAUGCAUUUUUCUGCUGAUAAUCAUACUUGUGUAACAUGUAUUAGAUCAGCAUGCACAUUUUCUUCCCGUAUCCAUCAGUGAAAAGAAUUAGCAACACCGGGAGGAGCCUUAAGCAGAGCUUUUGGAUUUGACACAGAAUGAACAUGCAACUGGAAAAGGAUAUGGAAUGAGCAAUUGUGGGGGAGGGGUAAAGAAUGGAUAGAUCAAAUUAUUUUUUCAUUUACAGAUAUUUGAAAAAUUCAUUUUAUUAAAAAAUUUGUGUUCUA